AUAUCCCCCGUGUCAGAGGCGAAGCGAAGCCCGUCCAGGCUUGUCGACAAGACCGAGGACGUGUUGAUUGCUUAAAGACGCUGGGAAGUAAACCUGCGUCACACACAUACACACACACUGAUGAACCCGUUACGUACUUUGCUAUCUUGCACACAACCUUUCCUCUCUCUCUCUCUCAAAGGGGGACAGGGUGACAAAGGGUGGAGAGGCCCGGAGCCCAUGUACGGCCGGACGGCCGGCCCAGGCUGUUGGCUAUGUCUCGUGUGCGGAACAUGGUCUAGCAGCAGCAGCAGCAGCAGCAGCAGUGGUGGCAGCGGUGGGAGUAUAAGUGGUGGUGUUGGAGGAGGUGGUGGUGGAGGAGGAGGAGGAGGAGGAGGAGGAGGAGGACGCAGAACUUCAUCCAGAGUUCUUAAGACGACCCCGCCGUCGUCCACCGCCGUGUCCCGGGCCACGUCCGUCUCCCCUACCUCAGCCCUCCUCACUCCUCCCCUCUCGACCGCGGCCACCACGGCUGCCACGACCCGAUCGUCGACUUCGACUGCUGCUGCAGUGGCCGCCGCCGCCGCAAGCCGCAAGGUCUUCCCCAAGAGCAUGGAGCCCCCCGUCGUCUCGUUUUACGGGGCCGAGCCCAUCCCGCUGCCGUCGCGCUUCGCCGGCGUCAAGAAGCGGCUCAUCGCCGGCCACGAGGCCGCCGUCGAGGCGUCGUGGCGCCGCUUGCUCGACGCCCUCCGGACCGAGAUCGCCGACAUCCAGGACCGCGGCUCCGAGCUCAUCCCGUCCAUCAACUUCACCGACAUCAACGACCCCGUCCGCGUCGAGGCCUUCGCGCACAGGCUGCGGCGCUACGGCGUCGCCGUCAUCCGCGGCGUCGUCUCGCCCGACGACGCGCGGAGCUGGGUCCAAGAGACGCACGAGUACCUCGACAAGAACCGCGAGUUCAAGCCGCCGGCGCUGCACGACCCGACCUGCAUCGACCUCUUCUGGACGCCCGUCCAGGUGCGCGCGCGCGCGCACCCCAACAUGCUGCGCGCACAAAAGUUCGCCAUGUCCUUCUGGGAGUCGACCGACGACCUGCACAUCACCCGCGCCCCCGUGAGCUACGCCGACCGCCUGCGCAUCCACAACGACAAGCUCGGCGCCGUGGGCCAGCAGAGCGGCAACUCGGCCGCCGACUCGCUCAGCGCCACCGCGUCGUCGACCGUCAUCGCCCAGAUCGACAGCGGCAGCCUCGAACGGUGGGAGCCCGACGGCUACGGCCGCGGCGGCACCUACGAGGCCGUGUUCCGCGGCGACUGGGAGUCCUACGACCCGUGGGACCCGGCCGGCCGGGUCGGCGCCACGACCGACCUGUACAACGGCGAGGGCGCCUGCAGCGUGUUCCGCAUGUUCCAGGGCAUCCUGGCCCUCACAAAGGUCGAGCAGGGCAUGGUGCGCGUGCUGCCGUCGCCCAAGCUGGUGGCCGCCUACUUCCUCCUGCGGCCCUUCUUCUCGCCCAAGCGCGGGCCGCCGGAGCAGCCGGACGGCGGCAAGGCGGACCAGUGGGCCGCGUACUUGGACGCGUCCAACUGGGCGCUCGACCCGGAGCCCGACACCAUCAUCCACGGCGCCGUGCCGGGCCACGCCCAGCGCCUCACCGAGCGCUGGCACCCGCACCUGCACCUGCGCCGGAGCCUGGUCUCUCUGCCCAGCCUCCAGGCGGGCGACUACGUCAUCUGGCACUGCGACCAGGCCUACUCCAUCAUCACGGGCGGCACCAGGCUCGGCGUCCCGCAGGCGUUGCAGAACGAGUCGAACGAGCUGUCUCUGCUGACGUACACGCCCGUGUGUCCUCUGACGCAGACGAACGCGCUGUUCCUCGCCCGCCAGAGGAAAGCGUUCCAGACCGGCCAGCCGGGGCCGGACUUCGACACCCUCGGCGGGCUGGGCAGCGAGGCGUCGCACCAGGACCGUCCCGGCGCGCGAGAGGUCGAGGAGUACGGCGGCGUCGACGGGCUGCGCGCCAUGGGCCUCGCGCCGUACGACGUCGAGCCGGCCGGCGCGCCGCCGCCCAAGCACGCGGACGCCAUGGACGUCGACGGCGAGGACGACGAGGGCGUCAGGAACAGGACCAAGACGGAGGCGGAGACGGAGCUGCUGCGGCUGGCCAACAUCAUCCUCUUCCCCGGCCGCUACGACUUUUACAUCCCGACCAGCGGCACGCGGGGCGGCGGCGGCGGCGACCGCACGCCCCGCGGCGUGGCGGGCGGGACGCCCAAGACGAUGGUGAACGGGAGCAAGAGCUGACGGCGUUGGUUGAAGGGGCGGUGGCGGCGCGGCGGCCGGCGACGGGCGGACUCGCCGGGACAGCGGGCGGAGGGGGCGGAGGCCGUGGUCGAGACUGUGGACUGCAACAAGGGGAAGAGCGAGGACGUCAUCACGGUCACGGUCACGGCGACGGAAGUCUAGGUUGCUAUUUUUCUUACCAUGAUACCCUGCAAUCAGGCAACCCUUCCAUUAGAAGGUGGAAGGGAAGAGGGAGAGAGUGUGUGUGUGUGUGUGUGUGCGGAAGAGAGAGGGAGGGAGAGAAAACAUGGGAACGCCGCCCCUUCAACGUGACGCUGGGAAGCAACUAUUAUUAUGCGCCGAGACGGAGGACUCGAGAGAUGAGGCAUAUCUGCUUAGGAGACACAGGUCGUGAUUGCAUAUCCGUACAUACGGUGGAGGCGGAACAACGCUAGAUAAUCGGCAGUAGACGAAACUCUGAAGUAUUUAUUUUGCAUCAGUAGAGCCGAUGGG